AUGCAAACAUCUCAAGCGGCAGCAAUAGCGCAGCAUAAGAAUCGUCUCCGCCGCCACAGCUUGCCAAAACGAGCCGCUAGCCACCAGCCGGCGCAAAUCGUACUUAGCUUGAUCGCAGCCGCCACCGCUGCCCCUGGAUUAUUGGGUUUGGGCCAUGGAUCAUAUGCAGCGCCAGCGCUGAGUUUAGGGAGCUUAGGUCAUGGACCAGCUAUAAGCUAUGCCGCUCCAGCUGUUAGUUACGCAGCGCCAUCCAUCAGUCUUGCUCCAGCGCCCAUUGUCAAGGCUUACUCCGCACCUGCUGUAGUCGCCGCACCGACCAUAGUGAAGGCAGCCCCAGCCGCCACCAGCUACUCCACCUUCAGUCAGGUCAUUCAACAUGCUGCCCCAGCCGUCGUUAAGGUCGCCGCCCCCGCUCCAGUUGCCGUAGCGGCUCCAGCCAUUUCUUACGCUGCACCCGCCCCGGCCAUCUCAUAUGCCGCAGCCGCGCCCGCCAUCUCGUACGCCGCACCCGCUCCAGCCAUCUCGUACGCUGCACCCGCCAUUAAAUUAGCCGCACCCGCGAUCUCCUAUGCCGCAGCCGCUCCAGCCAUCUCAUACGCUGCACCCGCCAUUAAAUUGGCCGCCCCCUCGAUCUCCUACGCUGCCGCUGCCCCAUCAAUUGUGAAGUACGCUGCUCCAGCCAUCAGCUACGGAGGCGGUCUCAGUUUAGGCCACGGCUACCAUUAAAUGUAUGACAACCGAACUGCAGCAAAAACGAAAGGAUAUACGAUUACAGCAAGAACCCGAAGGCGAGACCACACCACAAACACGUGGGGUAGUGGAAAAGAAGGAUGAAUGCAACAAGGAUUUAUGGAAUUACGGAUUACAUGCUUUACGUUAUAGCGUCAGACGGCCAUUUGGCGGUCAGCGCUUUUAAGUAUUUGCUCUUUUUUUUGUUUUUUGGUAGUCACUAAAUGGUUUAAUAAGAUUUUCUCAGAUCUAAAGAUCUAAAUAAUAUAUUUCCCUGCUCUCAAUAUGGGAAUUCGCCUUACUUUACAAUGAAUUUUUUUGUCAUUGUUGUGAUGAAUUACAAAUGUGUCGACAAUAAGAACCAACAACAACAAAAGCGAUUCAUCAGUACAACAAUGUUCAAUAACAACAACAGCAAGAACAACAAACAACAAGAACGACAGCAAGCAGCCGCACGAUAUAUGCAGAUAAGAGGAGAGUGGAGUGUAAGAGCGUAUGAUGAGUGGCAGAAAAUCACCGUUGUACGCUCUCAGCAAUAAUUGUUCUCUUCAUCAUUUUCAUUAAUCUCUCUAUUUCAAAUGUAUUCAACUAAAUAAAUAAUUGUUUGAAUAAAAUAUUCAUUAUGGCAAGCCGAAAUUAAGUUCACGAUGGCAUGGCAAACAAAAUAUACACAUGUACAACAGCAGCAACAACAACAAAUUGCGUCAUUGCGUGCUCAAAAUGGCGUCAACUGAGGAAUGUGGUGCAAAAUAAUACGGAAUUUGUCUAUCAAAGGGUUUAAUGAGGAUAUCAUACAUACAUGCAUAAAUAUAUAUUGUAUUUAUUUCAAUGCUUUGUAUAUACUAUUAAGUA